AUGAGCAGCAGUGAAGAGUCAGCCAGAGACUUCAUAGAACAUGUUCUCCGUAUCCCGAAUCCUGACAGAGUCCUCAAUUCAGUUCUUGGAAGGCUUGAGAGAAACAGACAAGCAUUAGCUAAGGAAGCACGUCUCGACAACAGCGAUUGUCAAGACUCUGAGACUGUGGUUUUGCCUGAGUAUACUGAAUCAAUACAGCCUUCGAGAGAAAAGGAAUUGAGGCAUGUGACUACGCAGAAACAUUACCCAAUCUGCCAUCUCGAGAGGAAGAUAAAAAAGUUGAAUACCGACGAAUACGAAUAUCGACCCGCCUACUACGAAGAAGUUCGAUGCACAAUGGCUACAAGUGAAGAUCUCGGAGUAACGAAUGAGAUUUGUUCGAGUCUCGGCUUUUCUUGCGUUCAAUGGAAUAAGACCAUACAUUUGACAAGGAGGCGGUAUUCCAGUGAUUGUUGGGAGACUAGGACGCUGGUGAUACCUGCUGGAUGCGAAUGUAUGUGGCCCGUAUACAGACUGGGCGACAUGAAGUUACACGUGUAA